UCUCCUUUUAUGGAAACUAUGGAGAAAUUGCUUUUACUUAGCCUCGUACCUUCACUUAAAUCCUCAAAUGACCAUAAACAAUUUGCCUAUAAGCACAGUAGAAGCACUUUAGAUGCAGCUGCCGUCUUAUAUCAUAACAUUGCUUUCAGUCAAGACAAGGGGGCUAAAUUUGUUCGUUGUGCCAUCCUAGACUGUACAUCUACUUUUGACUCGGUCCCUAGGGACAUCUUAUUAAAUAAACUUGCUGCAAGUCAAACAGAAUGUUGGGCUGUUAACUGGUUACUUUCCUAUUUCUCAGGAAGAAAGCAGUACACCGUGUAUAAAAGGGAAGUCCUCCACUUCAUUGCCUACUGAAGCUGGUGUCCCUCAAGGCGCUGUCCUUUCUCCUUUUCUUUUUUCUUUCUUCUUGCAUGACUCGCCUCACUCUGAUGA